CAGCGCGUAGGGUUGGGUUAGUCCACCAUCUUGGCUCAGGCUAGCUGACUCCUAGCUGAGAGUAUGAGGAGAAUCCGACAGAACCAAAUUUCAGCCGAACCGACCGAACCAGGACUGUCUCACCAAGCGGACCGGAGCUAGAGGCCGGCGGCUCGAGCCGGACCUCCUCUCUCCCCGAAAUAAAGUCCCAGCACCGGAAGGUUUCUGGCUGCUAACUCCCCGGCUAACUUCGGCGUUAAAGAGGAACUGUUGCUCCGGUUCCGUUUGGAUCCAUGACAGUUAUAAACUUCCGGAAAAGGAUCCGAGCCGAGCCGGGACAGGUAACCCAGGGCAGAGACAGGUGAUGCCGCGAGGGAGUUCGUUGAGAUAGAACCGAACCGAAGCCGGAGCAGCACGUCACUUUCUGACCCGCUAAGUUUGAGACAGGUGUUCCGGAGCGGAGCGGAGCGGCGGCGGCUUCAUGACCGGACCUCCGUUACACUGACCUGGGUAUCAUGUCCACCAGGACCCCUCUGCCCACCGUCAACGAGCGGGACACCGAACAGCAUGCACCUGGGGAAGACGGGCGCGGUGAGGCGCUGCCCCGCCCCGUCCGCUCCGCCCGCUGUAAGAACGCCGCCGCCGUCACCGCGGACGACGCGCCGCACGUGGGAAACUACCGGCUGCUGAAGACCAUCGGGAAGGGGAACUUCGCCAAAGUGAAGCUGGCCCGGCACAUCCCGACGGGCCGGGAGGUGGCCAUCAAGAUCAUCGACAAGACCCAGCUGAACCCAACCAGCCUGCAGAAGCUGCUCAGAGAGGUUCGCAUCAUGAAGAACCUGAACCACCCCAACAUCGUGAAGCUGUUUGAGGUGAUAGAGACGGAGAAGACGCUCUACCUGGUGAUGGAGUACGCCAGCGGAGGUGAAGUGUUCGACUACCUCGUAGCUCAUGGGAGGAUGAAGGAGAAGGAGGCCAGAGCUAAAUUUAGACAGAUCGUCUCUGCAGUUCAGUACUGCCAUCAGAAGCACAUCGUUCACCGAGACCUUAAGGCGGAGAAUCUCCUCCUGGACGCCGACAUGAACAUAAAGAUCGCCGACUUCGGCUUCAGCAACGAGUUCACUCUGGGCGGAAAGUUGGACACGUUCUGCGGCUCGCCUCCGUACGCGGCGCCAGAACUCUUCCAGGGUAAGAAGUACGACGGACCGGAGGUGGACGUCUGGAGUCUGGGUGUGAUCCUCUACACGCUGGUCAGCGGGUCGCUGCCGUUUGACGGACAGAACCUGAAGGAGUUGAGAGAGCGAGUUCUGCGGGGGAAGUACCGGAUCCCCUUCUACAUGUCGACGGACUGCGAGAACCUGCUGAAGCGCUUCCUGGUUCUGAACCCGGGCAAGAGAGGAACGCUGGAGCAAAUCAUGAAGGAUCGCUGGAUCAACGGCGGCGACGAAGACGAGCUGCUGCCGUACGUGGAGCCAGAGCUGGACAUCAGGGACCAGAACCGGAUCGACCUCAUGGUCCAGAUGGGUUACUCCAGAGAGAAGAUCAACGAUUCGCUCUCCAAGAUGAAGUACGAUGACAUCACAGCCACCUACCUGCUGCUGGGACGCAAGGCCGCAGAGAUGGAUGCGGGCGGAGCCUCCUCCCUGCUGAAGCCUCAUUCGUCCAGCAGCCAUUCCCCCGCCCACCUGCUGAGUCAGCGCUCCUCCUCCAAACAGAGGAGGUUCAGCGACCAAGCUGCUGCCAGGAAGACGGAGGCGGAGCCAAAGCCGGGCUCUAACAGGAAGCCGGGUGCCGGGGAGGCGGGCAGCCCGUUGCUAGGCAACGCCAACAACCCCAACGUAGGGGACAUCCCAGAUCGCCGGAAAGCACCAGCUGCAACCGCUGCGUCCAGCAUGACGAGGAGGAACACGUACGUCUGCAGCGCCACCGACAAAUCAUCCGCCUCCGCCGUCCACAACGGCAAGGAGAACAGCUCCUCCGGCUCGCCUGCUAAGCGCUCGGUGGGUGGGGCCUCCACCCACAGUGUGAGCAGCGGGGCCACGCCCCCAGACCGGCUGCGUUUCCCCCGCGGCACAGCGAGCCGCAGCACCUUCCACGGCGGCCAGCUGAGGGAGCGCCGCACCGCCACCUACAACGGCCCGCCCGCCUCGCCCAGCCUGUCCCACGACGCCACGCCGCUGGCCCAGGCCCGCAGCCGCGCAUCGUCCAACCUGUUCUCCAAACUCACCUCCAAGCUCACCAGGAGAGCGCCGUCAGAGGCGGAGAGGAACGGCAGACCGGAGGGGUCCAGGUGCGUAGAGCGAGACGGCCAAUCAGAGCGCAGCGUCUGGAGAACGUUAACAUCUUCUUCUCCUCCCUCCAGCCGCGCCAUGACGUCCGACCAGAGGGAGGAGCCGGCGUCCCCCUCUGCGCCGCACUCCAAGGAUGCCAAGCCGCGCUCGCUGAGGUUCACCUGGAGCAUGAAGACCACGUCGUCCAUGGAGCCGGCGGACAUGAUGCGCGAGAUCAGGAAGGUCCUGGACGCCAACAACUGCGACUACGAGCAGCGCGAGGCCUUCCUGCUGCUCUGCGUCCACGGCGACGGGCACGCCGACAGCCUCGUCCAAUGGGAGAUGGAGGUCUGCAAGCUGCCCCGCCUCUCGCUCAACGGCGUCCGCUUCAAACGCAUUUCAGGAACGUCCAUCGCUUUCAAGAACAUUGCCUCCAAAAUCGCCAACGAGCUCAAACUAUAGAGGGACUGGGAGGACUGGGAUAGGAGGAAACAGGAAGUGGUUCAGGUGGACAGACAAGCACAGGAAGUGAUGAACAGAAGGAAGUGACCCAACUGCUGUCUUCCUGUUUUCCUCAGCAGGAUGAUUUUGAGCUGUCUGCUGAUUGGUUCCGGCUCGACGCUGUAGGCGGGGACGAGCGGACUUUGCUGCAAAGCAUUCUGGGACUCUGAGUCCGGCUGUUAGCGUUUCCUCUUCAGAGUCUCUGUGUUUUUGUGAAUGUAAAUAGUUUCUCACCUUGUUGAUUUUGUACAUGUGAGCAGUCAGCUGAUCCGACUGCAGCUCAGGCUCACCUGUGUCUCAUUAAACACGUUGAACGCUU